AGCCCCACUUCCAUCACCCCGCCACCCAUGCUGAGCGCCGACGACCUGCUGGGCUCCCCCACCUUGCCUGACUGCGGCAGCAAUCCCUUCACCUUCUCCAGCCAGGAGCUGGUCAGUCUCUUUGCCCCCAGCAUGGGAAUGCAGGUGCCCAGCGGGAGCUCCCCAACCACCUUCUUGUUCAGGCCCAUGUCCGAGUCCCCCAAUAUGUUUGACUCGCCGCCCAGUCCUCAGGACUCCCUCUCUGACCAGGAGGGCUAUCUGAGCAGCUCCAGCAGCAGCCACAGCGGCUCAGAUUCCCCUAUCCUGGACACCUCAAGACGUCUUCCCAUCUUCAGCAGACUCUCCAUCUCUGACGACUAAUCCGGGGUUUCCUCUUGCUCCCCCCCACCUCUAUUACGAUGUUAAGCU